AUGAGUUUAGUUGAUAUAAUAAAUAUAGAGAAAAGUAAGUCAUAUGAUAUAAAAAAUAUUUUAGAUGAAGUACAAUGCUCGUUAAUGGAUUCUCCAAUGGAUCCUUUUUAUCCAUCUUUUAAAAAUGAAAACUUACCUAUUUAUAUCGAAAAAGAGUCUGAAAUUUUAAGUACCCUACCAGAUUUAAAAAUACCCCCUGAGAAUUUACUUCUUGAACAUGAUUUAAUUAACGUUACUGAUAGAAAACCCUUUAGUGUAAAAAAAUUAGUGAAUACAGAAAAUGUAGAACAUGAAGACUCUGCUGAAAUACAAGAUGUAUUAGAUGAAAUUCUAAAUACAUUACCAGAUUCAUUAACAGAACCAAUCGAUUUACUCCCUGAACAUGAAAACUCAACCAUUUAUGCUGAAGCAGGACCUUCUAACAUAAAUUUAAUGAACAUAAAAAAUGUAAAAGAUGUAGAUUUUUAUAAUCUAUCGAAUAUUUUCAGUGAUUCAUCAGUAACUCCCAAUUAUUUUAAAGGAGAAUUCCUUAACUUACUCUUAAAAGAUCAAUGUUCAUCUAUUAAUUAUGAAGAUAUACUUCCCACUACUAGCAAUUUAAUAAUCCCAGAAAAUGUAAAAGAUGAAGAAUAUAUUAAAUUACAAAUUAGCCCCGUUGAUUUUCCUAUAGAAAAACCUGCUACAACUAUUAACUAUAACGAAGAUAUGAGCCUAUUAG